AUGUCGCCGAGGGGAGUCGCGAUUUUGGUGUGCCUCCUUCUGUCACUCCACUUCGCCACCUCUUCAUCAUCAUCAUCAUCAUCAUCCGCUGCCAACAAAUUCGACCAACACGCCGAAAAGAAACAAGAAAAACAGCAGCAACCCGGUGUGAUUUCCCGGAUGUUCAGGUCCCUGGCCAAAUCCUACGUGGAUUACUGGAACCUGCUCAGGCGAUUCGCUGCGACCGCGUCGAACGCAGUCGCCAAUAAUAGAAGACGACACGCGAAUUCCGGAGUGAAUCCGAUCCCGGGUUCAUCGGGUCAGGUCAACACCGACGCUGCGACGAGGUCGCAUAGCCCUUAUUACGGGGCUUAUUACAGUGAUCCUUGGAUCAGAAAAGUAGCAACUGGACGUUCUGUUUGCUACAAUUUCUAUGGCUGCUACAGCACUUCUUACCCUUGGACGGAUCCACCAAGAAGAAACAUAGAAAGGCUUCCCAGAAGCCCAACGACUGUUCAGCCAAAAUAUUAUUUGUACAGGACCGGAGCGACGCAAUUUUUACCAAAGGACAUGAAAGAUGCCUUGCUGAGACCUGCUCCGGGUCCUGCCUACACAAACGUGAUUGUUGUGGCUUGGAAUACAGCAUUAAUUACCCGAGCUCAAGCUCGUGCAGAUGCUCGAUUAGCUGGUGACAUGAUAGCAAGAUUCUUUCAGCACGUGAUGAUCUUAGUCCCUGGAUUUACGGCUGCGAAUAUGCACGUGAUCGGACACGGUUUGGGAGCGCAUUUGGGCUCGUAUAUUGGCACAACCCUGAAAGGAUCUGAUCCUUUCGCUGUGCCUGUGCUUGCGAGAUUAACAGCUUUGGACCCAGACCAUUUCGGGUUCUCCAACACGGAUAUUGUGGUGAGGGUCGACCCGACGGACGCGCUUUUCGUGGAUGUUAUUCACACGGAUGUUUUCAACGGUAUCGAAGGUGUUGGAACAGCUCAAGCAAUGGGCCAUUACGAUUUUUAUCCGAAUGGUGGAUCUUCUCCACAGCCUGGUUGUGAUAACAGCUUCAACGACGCUGUUGUUCAUGAAGGGGACUACGUAUCAGGUUACAAAUAUUAUUCGCUGUGCUCGCAUUUCCGGGCGCCUCAGUUUUUCACCGAGUCCCUGACUUAUGCGUCUGCCCCGGACAGUGCAAAUUGCGAAUUCAGAGCAGUGUCUUGCAGUUCUUGGACGGAUUUUGUGACAGCCAAGUGUGCGAUAAAUUGCCCAGCUGGCACAACUGCAUUGACUGCUUCAAAUUGCGCAAGAAUGGGGUUUUAUUCUGCCGUGGAUGCCGGACCCACGCCUCCGAUUCGAUCCUUUUUCUUGAGGACCGGGAACGCGGAACCCUUUUGCAAGUUCCAGUAUUACGUGACGCUAAAAUUUGGCAGUCUCACCCUGCGAAAUACAAUGCAAGCACUGCGCCAAGUCGUGCAAAGAAACCGGCUCAAUGCUUUGCUCACUAAUCAAAUAUCCAAAAGAUCAAUACUGGAAAACAAUAAUACGAUUGAUGUUUCUGCUGAUGGGUCGAAUCAGCGACAAGGUCGGGCUUCGAUGACCAAUGUGUUGCGAGGAAACCUUUACCUCGUGCUCGAGGAUGGACUCGGAAACUAUAUUGAAGGUGUCACCUUUCGGCUGAAUUCCAAGCCAGCUUACUUGGGGACAAAUUCAGACAUCGGAGCAGUGAUUUCUUAUUCAACAAUUCGAGGAACAGAUGCCUUGACAAACUUCAAGUUCCAUUUGGUCUUUUCCGAAUCUUACGGGUCUUUUGGAGAAGAAUUGGCGAUUACGCAGAUGACUUUCGACGAUGUUGACAGCGAUUUGACAACGAAC